AUGCAAUGUUCUCGCAACGCCGAGUCGUUGGCCACAAUCGAAUUGCAACAUAUGAUCUCUGACAAUCAAGCCUCGAUCAUCUCAAGAUCGCCGCACAGGUUCGACGAGGAGUUUGAAACACGAGGAAACGCGGUUACGAUCAACCAACCCGUACGUGGCUCAACCUGCCGUCCUGAUGCACAAGAUCUCAAAUACGAGCGAUCUAGGCAAGGUUAUCCUCGACACUGGUGCAUGAAGAUAGGGGUACAUGCCAUUUAUCACAUUGGCCAUGUUACUGCCAAAAUACAAUUGUCAAACCGACUGUGA